UUAAAGUUAAAACGUCAGAAUACGAGAAAGUUUUGUUUUCAUGAACUCCAUUUGGUUUCAAUUUGCUAAAUUCUAACUAUUUUCAUUAAAAUAUAACAUGGGAUGCGACGGUGGAACUAUUCCUCGACGGGACGAAUUAGUUCGGUUAAAAAAGAAACCGGAACAGAAAGACAAAGAUGCAGAAAGACAGUUCCGUUGGAAACAUUGUACACUUACUCAAGAACGUUUACAAAAGCCUAUAGUUAUGUGCGGCCUUGGUAGACUUUAUUCGAAGCAGAAUGUUAUCGAACAUCUACUGGAAAAAAGUAAAAUGCCUGAGUCAAGUGCACACAUCAAAUCGCUCAAAGAUAUUAAGGAUCUGAACUUGACUGCAAACCCAGUUUAUGAGGAGCGCCAAGAUGGGAAGAGCUCUGAAUUCAUUUGUGCUUUAAUUGGAUUGGAGAUGAGUGGUCAGUUUCGGUUCGUUGCCCUUUGGACAUGUGGAUGUGUGUUUUCGGAGCGUGCACUAAAAGAAAUCAAGGACAAAGUUUGUUCAGUGUGCCAAAAACCAUUCACUGAUCAAGAUGUAAUAAUUUUGAAUGGUUCAGACGAGGAUAUCGAUUUGAUGCGUACCCGAAUGGAGCAUCGUGCAGCACGUCUUAAAGCGGAAAAGAAGUCCAAGUCAGAAAGAAAAUCGAAAGCACUUCCAACUGCAGCUGCUGCAGUUUCGGAUGCAACUGAAGCAGAAGCGGGACCGUCGAAAGCAGUAGUUGCUGGUAUGCCAGGAUGUACGUCCAAGAAACCAAUAGUAUUGAAUAAGCGAGCACUAAUAAGCGAUAAAAUAGGUGAUGGGCCUUUAUUCAAAAAAUCUAAACAAGAUUACAGUGUAGCGAAGGACCCCAGCGCUACUGCAGUUUAUAAAUCACUCUUCACAACCCAUGAAAGUGAACAGGAUCAGAAGAGAGCUCAUUGGGUUACGUAUAAUCCUUUCUAUAACUAAAAACUUAACACUAGAUAUACAUUCAUUAUGAAAUAAAUUGAAAUCAUUAAUAAGAUUAA